GUCGGUCCUGAGGCGGGACGAGGGCUAUCCGAUGUACUGGCAACAGGUUGCACUGGAAGCAGGGGAGAAAUUUCCCGAUGAGUUACAUCUCCUCAUCCCACCGACGGUGAACCAAGCUUCUGCUGCUGCUGCGGCUGGAGAGAGACCUUUCUCAGAAGAGGGAGGAACAUUUCGGGAUUAGGAUCAUUUUUUGCAGGGUGCUCACACAGAAACCAGGAAGUCAACAUGAGCAGUCUUUCUACUGACAAGAAGCCUCAUGUGGAUUAUGGCGUGCAGAUCCGCUUCAUUAAAGACCUCCAUGACACAGGCGGAGGCUAUCCUGAUAAAGCCAAAGGAAACAACACAGCAACUCCUCCUUCCAGCAAGUACGGAGUGGCAGUGCGGGUUCAGGGAAUCUCUGGGCAUCCUUACGUGGUCCUGAAAGAUGGCGAGAAAGGUGACUCUUAUGGAGUGCAGCUAAACACCACCAGCCCCACCUCAGACCCGCCUUCGCCUAGCAACAGCCUCCCAAAAAUAAAUAAAGAGCCAGCAGAAGUAGCAAACCCCUACAGCCCUGUUGUGAAUACAACACCCUCCCCUUUUUCUGCAGCAGAGGAUGAGGACAGGGAGAUUUUUGGGAGUCCUCUUAAAAGACCUCCAGGGGACGGUCAAGCAGGAACACAAGGGGAGGAGGAAGGUGGUGCUAGCAGAAACGGACAGGCCUCAAAGUCUAAAGCUGAUCCCAAAAGAUCAAAUGUGGAAGCAGAGAAAAGCACAAAUAAGGAGGAGUAUAACGAAGCGGGGCUGAAACGGGUCAAGGUAAACGGUGUGGGACCCAGAGGGUUCAAGCCAACUGGAUCUGGUUUUAUUGGCUUUUUAGGGAGACCUGGUGCUAAAACUACAGACUCCCUUUUAGAGUCAAAACCUCCAACAGCGACUUCUGCUGAGCCAGUCCCAGCAAUUGACACCAAUUCCUUGGCUCCCAUCAACAAGCUCAUCAGUAAGUUCAACAGCUCCACUCCAGGGGGCGCCCCGCAGACGAGAGGCCGCUCCGGAGCGAGGCAGCGGCUCAGGUUCGACGAGCGCAGGAGAUCCAGAAGUCUAGAUGCAAGAAAAGAUGUUCACCCUGCAGAUUCCCCUCCUUCUCCAACUCCAAACCCUUACGCUGUUCCUCUGUCUACCUCCUACGAUUCAAUGUCAUCAUCUAGUCUGGGAAGGAGCCCUGCAUCAGUCGCCAAGGUGACAGCCCUGGAGGCCCCUAAGCCCAGCUUUAAGUCACCAGGGAAGUUUGUUGCCAAGGACCCCUCUCCAGCUCUAGCAAAAAAGCCUGAGAUACCUCCGAGGAGCCCGAGUCAAAGCACAGCCGCCAUCAACGGAGAGGAAGCCCAAGUUAGGCAGGCUAUUUACAACAUCCUCAGAGACGGCUCCAGUGAGAGCGAGGCGUCCCUGAAAAGAAAAGUCAACCUCGUGUGUGAAACUACAGGCAGCUCUAAGAAAGGAGGAUCUGAUGGGAGCUUCAAAAAGGGGAACCUUGAGGAACUUCAGGAACAGCUUAAUCGCUUCAAGAAAGACCUGCAGCAAGCCCAUGAUGAGCUGGCUGAGGAGCGUAUGGCCAGAGAGGUUGCAGAGUCUCGUCUGCGCCUGCAGGAAGAUCAGCUGGCCGAGCUUCAGGAGGAGCUGAGGAGGGUAGAGGAAAACUCGCCUCAUUCGGACUUACUGAAGACGGAUGUGAUGGCUCUGCAGGCCGACCUGGCCGAAGCCGCCAUGCUGCGUCAUCGUCAGGAGGAGAUUCUACGCCAGCGUGAGCGUGAGCUGACGGCCCUGAAGGGGGCGCUCAAGGAGGAGGUGGAGUGCCAUGACAAAGAGAUGGAGGCUUUGAGAGAGCAGUACAGCCACGACAUGGACGACCUGAGGACGACCAUGGAGCAGGUCACACAGUCCCAGGAGCAGAUAGAGGAGGAGAGGGAGAGAGUGAACGCCUCCAUCUCCACGAUGGAGGAUGAGCUGGAGAGCAGCAGAGACCAGGGGGAGAAGUGGAAGUCGCAGCUGGAAGCCACCACAAAGGAGCUGCUGAAAUCCCGUCUGGAGAAAGAAGAUUUUGAGGGCGAGCUGAAGGAUCUGCAGGAUUCACUUCUCAGCAUGAAGAAAAAAAUGCCUGCGUCUGAUGAUAACGGCUCUUUAGCCGAGGAGCUCUGGCGUUGCCAUGAUGAUCUGAAGAGGGCUCGCACCGAUCUGGAUGAACAAAAGAGCCAGUUAGAGGAGAAGAGGGAGGCUCUCCAAGCCCUGAAGAGAGGGAGCGCGGAGAGAGAGAACGAGCUGCUGUCGGAGAUCAGCAAGUUGAAGGAGCAGUCGCAGAGAGACAAAGAUGAGCUGGAAAAGGCGCUCGAGAAGGCAAAGGAGUCAUCAGUUACAUCUUCAGGAAAGACCGUUGUGGACGGCACCAAUGCGGAGCUCCAGGAAGCAAACAAUCGCCUCCGAGAACGGCUGGCUCGCAUGACGCGGCUUCAGUCCAGUGCGCUCCGCAGCUCAGACCCUGAGGAGGCAGUGGAAGCUCUGGAGGAUGAGAAUCGCUCCCUGAAGUCUCAGCUUGAGGAGGCCAAGAGAGGAACCACCCGCCUGACUAAAGAGAGGGAUGAGAUGAGCCGGAGGCUGGAGGAGAGAGACCUGGAGAGAGACGCACUCAGGAGGGGGAAGAGUGACCUGGAGGAGCAGAAGAGGCUGCUGGACCGAGCGCUGGAGAAGAUCAACAAAGAGAUGGAGUUAAUGAUGGGAGAUUCUCGUCAGUCCGUUGCCACCCUGCAAACACAGCUGGAUGACUACAGGGAGCGCUCGAGGAAGGACCUGAUGGAAGCUCAGAGAAACAGCAAGGACAGACUGGCUGAGCUGCAGAGAGCUCAGAGCAACCUCAAGGCUCAGCAGGAGGAGGUUUCGCGUCUGAAGAAGGAUCUGCUGGUCUGUAGCGAGGAGAGAGAUGGAGCGCAGCUGGAGAGAGACCUUCUAAACAACCGCUUUAAACACCUGGAGGGUGAACUUGAAUCAGAGAAGUGCACCUACACCGACCGCAACAGAGAGAUCAGAGGCCUGGAGGAUAAGAUCAAGACACUUGAGAUCGAGCUGGAUGAAGAGAGGAGCAGCGUGGAGCUUCUGAACGACCGGAUCACUCGGAGCAGAGAUCAGGUGGACCAGCUUCGGUCUGAGCUGAUGCAAGAGCGUUCAGCGAGACACGACCUGGAAAUGGACAAGAGCGCACUUGAAAGACAGCUGAAGGAGCUGAAGUCUCGCGUGGCAGACUUGGAGGGACAGACUCGGCCCUCAGCAGGAGCAACGACCCUGCUGGAAAACAAAAUCCAAGAACUGGAGGAGAGACUGCGCAGUGAGGAAAGAGAGAAGGCCGGCAUCCAGGCUUCCCAGCGACGAACAGAAAGGAAACUAAAAGAACUAAACGCCACUUUAGACCAGGAGAGAACCCAGCAUGUGGAGCAGAGAGAUCAGCUGUCUCUGCGUGUGAAGGCCUUGAAGCGGCAGUUGGAUGAGAGCGAGGGAGAGGUGGAGCGCUUGGAGGGGGUCCGCCGGAAGGUUCUCCGGGACUUGGAGGAGCAGCAGGAGCUCCAGGAGGCACUGCACGCCAAAGUGACAGCACUGGAGACUGAACUAAAGGCAAAAUGAAAAGGAUUUUUCAUGUUAUCUGCAACUAUCUAUUAGGAGGAAGUCCCAGCACCAGACUCAUCGUUCAGCUCUCAGCUCCUCCAAUUUAAGCUCUGAGGACGAGGACGGUUUCUAUGACACCAACAUCACCUCCAUCCUGAACGAGAGCCACUUACAGACGAGCAACUGCUGAAGGAAAAUCCCAUUUUCUUUUUUCUUUUAACUGUAAGAUUUUGUCAGAAAAAGGAGCUCGGGGCAUCCAGAAGGACUCGCUUGUGUGAAGAAUUCGGUUGCCAUGCACUACAUAUUUGCCUUGCAGUUGUUCUAGGUUUUAUUUUUAGCGCAGCGGUCCAACAGAGACAGGUUGUCAGGAUAAUUAGAAUGCAUUUCUUGAGCCUUCAGCUGUGAUCAUGAUUGCUCCAGUACUGUCAUGUGUUCUCAGUCCUAAAAUCUUUUGUUUUACUUCUUUUUUGGGAAGACUUACACUUUUAAACUUGAAUCCUAUUUUCUAAAAGGCUAUUGGUCUUUGUACCAAAUACUGUAAUAGACUACUGUGGUAGCACAUAACUGUGGCAUGGCUUAUGUAUAAUUCAAACCACUUUAAACCAAAAAAAUGUACCGUUUCCUAUUAUUCUGAUCUUAUAACCGUUUGCUCAUGCAUGAUAAGUUACAUAUGUCAGUGUUGUUAGCAGCUACAAGUGUUUUUUUUUUGUUGUUUAUUGAAAUGUUUUCCUUUUUUACCUUUUGAAUGUGACAAUAAUAGGACAUUUAAACUGAGCCUAUACUUUUACACUGUAUUAGCUGUGCAUAUCUGUUACUCAAGACAAUCAAAUGUAUGUACAGUUGCACUGUUACCUUUUCUACUUCAUCCCCCUUAUUGCUCUCGUGCAUUCAUGUACUGCUUUAUUCUGCAUCAUUCAUGUGCAUGUUUCCACUCAGACGCCUUAAAAAUCACGCCUGUCUUUUGUUUCCUCUGCAUGUGUUCUGUUUAAAUGCUGUUGUUGUAAUGAUUGGCAUAGUAUUUUAUGUGCUCUUUGUCUCACAUACAGUCCUACUGAAAGAAUCAUGAGCCUAGCUUUGAAAGUGUUCCACAUUUCUCUUUGUUGCACUCAGCUUUGAUGAAUGUUGAUCAUGAUCCCCUCAUGACAUCUUGACGGUGUUGAAACGUUUAAAUAGUCUCACUUUGAAAAUGUUCUGAGAUUUUUGAGCUUUCCAAAAAUGUUUUACAGAUAUUUUAAGAGAAAUUUGGUUCGUGUGUACAAUAAACAGAGGUAUAUUGUA